UAAUCAUGUCAGCAGGAGCGUUCAGACGUCUCGUUAGAUUUGUGAUACAGUCGGGACAUUAUGUGAACUGUGUGUUAUCGGGGUGUACAAUAAAGCCUGAAGAGGACGUGCAACAGCUGCAGGUGGGGAUGGAGAACCAGUCCGCUCUUCAGUUGGUUGCUCUACAGCCCGUCUCAUCUGAUUAUAGAACAAACAUUACAUUGUAUACUACUACCAUUGCAGCAGGAGCGUUCAGACGUCUCGUUAGUAUUGUGAUGCAGUCGGGAUGUUCUGUGAACUGUAAGUUAUCGCGCUGUAAAAUAGAACCUGAAGAGGACGUGAGACAGCUGCAGGUGGAGAUGGAGAACCAGUCCGCUCUUCAGAUGGUUGCUCUACAGCCCGUCACAGCUGACUAUACACCACAUAUUACAUUAUGGCUAUUGACCAUGUCAGCAGAAGUGUUCAGACGUCUCGUUAGUAGUGUGAUACAGUCGGGACGUUUUGUGAACUGUCAGUUAUGGUGGUGUACAAUAAAGCAUGAAGAGGACGUGAGACAGCUGCAGGUGGAGAUGGAGAACCAUUCUGCCGUGAAACUUGUGAAGCCCUUUCAACUUAAUAUGCGCGGUAGAUGGUCGGUUGAGUUUAAAGUAAACGUGAAAGCCUCCACGGAACCGCAAGAGUUAGUCCAGGCUUUUCCGUCGCGUCAACGGAAACGGAAGAGUCCCUUCAGGCUUCCGGGGGAAACUCCCCUUGAUCUGUCGGUUCCGAAAAAGCUGAGCUGACGCGUUUUCAGGAAGCACGAAGGUUUUUUAAAGCUUUGGAAGCAAAAAAUCAAAGUAAACCUAAAGUCUAAGGAACGAUGUGUUUAAUAGUUUUGUACAAGUUUAUUUUCCGAAGUUUCUUAAAAAACGGUGUAAGUUGCUGAUUUAUGAGAAACAAAUGUGUUGCUGGAAAUGUUAACACUUCAU